AUGGAGAAGCCCUUCCAUGGCGGCGAGCGGCAUCCAACAUGCCUGAAAGAUGCUCUCGAAGUGCACGACUUGAUAGAGGAGCGAUCAUUCAUUGGCGGUGAAUGGAUCAGCGGAAAUGGCACCUUCCCGGUCUACGAUCCAGUUACGAACCAGGUCAUUGCCAACGUGGCAAAUAUGGAAAUGGACGACUUCAGAGAAGCAAUCGACCACGCCCAUGAAGCUUUCGAAACCUUUUCGAGAACAAAGGAGUACGCGGAAAAGGCGGCAAAAACUAUGAAGAAAAUUUCCAUGGAACUAGGAGGAAACGCCUCAUUCAUCGUUUUUGAAGAUGCAGAUCUUGAUGAUGCUGCCGAUGCUUUGAUGGGAUGUAAGUUUCGAUGCUCGGGCCAGACCUGCAUCUGCGCAAACCGAGUCUUUGUGCAACGGACGGCGGCGGACACGUUCAUCUCCAGAUUGAGCGACCGAAUCUGCCACGAUCUCAAGAUGAGGUCCGGAUUCGACCCAUCCGUGACGAAUGGCCCGUUGGUGAACAAAGCUGCUGUCAACAAGAUGCAUGAGCUCAUCAAUGAUGCAGUCCUCAAGGGGGCGACCGUGGUGGCCCGAAGGGGUGGAAAUAAAACGAGCGAGACCGCCGCCGUCAAAGGCCUUUUGGCCGCGGGCAAUUUUAUAUUUGGCCCCAUAGCCUCUGUGGUGGUCUUUGACCGGGAGGAAGACGUGGUGAGACUGGCAAAUAACACCGAAUUCGGAUUGGCCAGCUACUUCUUCUCCCAUGACCACCGCCGCAUCUGGCGGGUUGCGGAAGCUCUGCAAGUUGGCAUGGUUGGUGUAAAUACCGGCAAGAUCUCAGAAGCCGGGUCGCCUUUUGGAGGUGUCAAAGAGUCAGGCUACGGGAAAGAAGGGAGCAAGUACGGCUUAGCUGAGUACCAGGUCAUCAAGAGUGUCACUCUUGGUGGGUUGGCCUAG